AUAUAUAAAAUAAGGAGAGUGAUGUUCCACCUCUCAUCUAAACCUCAUCUCACGGAUCUUGCCUCUCUCUCCAUAUAUGUAUUUUAUGUUGGAAGCUCUUCCUAUAUAUAUAUAUAUAUAUAUAUAUUGUAUGCACAAAAUUAAACACCAUCAUGGUGUUCUAGAUAUGCAUACGACAUAUACAUAUAUAAGAUGCCCAGAGAUUAGUUGAGCUGUUCAGAAACUUGUAUGAUUAAUCAUUUCAUAAGACUUAAAAGAGAAGUGUAGCAUGGCCUCUUGGAAAAAAACCAUCACAUCGCCUUUCAGAAAAGCUUGUACUUUCUUCAAUCAACAGCCAAGAGAUCAUAAGAAAUCCCAACAAGAUAAUGAAACCCGAGUGAUGGAUCUGCAUGGUGAAGUAAUGGCAUGCUCUUAUGAAGAUGUUCAAGUGAUGUGGUCUAUUCUGGACAAGUCCAAGUCCGCAGCCUGCAAAAUCACUUCUUGAUCCCAUAUGUAUAUAUAUACUACACAUUCACAGCCACUAUUUUAUUAUCCAUGUAUCUCUUUGUAGAUAAUGUUGUUUCGAAAGGAGAUGAUCUUGUUGAAGUGGUGGUUAAUUGAAGGAUGCCUCCCAUACGUUUGAUGGUGUAAAUUGAGAUUUUUCCAAUUUAAGAUGUUCAUUUUUAGGGAAUCCCCGUGAUUUAUUAAACUCACGGUGAGAUUAUUUCAAUGUAUCACAAAUUUCUAGUCGUUUA